AUGACAGCCAAUUCGACAGCUAUCAACUGUCACAGUUCGGAUGUUCCUAUUGAUCAUUUACAAGAAGAAGAAAGAAGGAUGGAAGGAAGGAAGAAAGAAAGAAAGAAAGAAAGAAAGAAAGAAAGAAAGAAAGAAAGAAAGAAAGAAAGAAAGAAAGGAAGGAAGGAAGGAAGGAAGGAAGGAAGGAAGGAAGAAUCCAAUCAAGGGAUCUGGAAAGUAAUAGAUUGGCAGUUCGACAUAGAAGAUCAUUUACAAGAAGAAGAAAGAAAGAAAGAAAGAAAGAAAGAAAGAAAGAAAGAAAGAAAGUAAGAAAGAAAGGAAGAAAGGAAGGAAGAAAGGAAGAAAGAAAGAAGGAAAGAAGGAAAGAAGGAAGGAGGAAGGAGGAAGGAGGAGGGAAGGAAGGAAGGAAGGAAGGAAGGAAGGAAGGAAGGAAUAGUAAGAAUCGUCGAAAGUCUAUCAUGCCAGAAUCCAUCAAAUAAAAUUUCAUAA